UUUUAGUUUAAUUUGCCAUGUUUUCCAGUUUAUUCAACAAAUUAUGUGACCCAUAUGUUUCAUGUGUUUUGGCUGAAUCUGAAAAAAAAUUGAUUGUACCGGUUGAGCUUGACAUUUAUUAUGAGCCACCAGAGACAGAAGAAGUUCUAGUUGGUAGUCAACCAUCUGUUUUGUUUGAUUUUAUUUCAGAAAUGCGAAAAUCAGUUACUUCAAAAUGUUCUGGCCUUUUGACAACACAUGAAAAGAUUGGCUCCGUUAUUUCAUUCACUGAUGCUUUUUUAAGAGAUACAUACAGAAAUGUACUUGCUGAUCCACACAUUCUUUUGAAGCCAUCAACCAUAGUAUUAGCUAGUGUCGCAGGUGCACUGGCUGCUGGCAGAGGACGACGGCCAAUCAAACGUUUCUUUUAUUCCAGUCUUUUGGGUGUGAGUGGAUCUGCUGUAUGUUAUCCUGAGCAAGCUCAAAAUGUUGCUAUAACCGCUUAUUAUCAUAGUAUAAACUCGCUAGCAAACUUAAACAAUUUGUGGCAAUCGAAAAGUGAAGAAAAAGCUGUACAACUAGAUACAAAGGAUGAAAAUUAUACCAAUCAAGUAAUAUUGGUAUCGGAAAUUAGUAGUGAAAAUUUGGUAAGCGAUUCAGUUAUACUGCCUAAUGCCAAUGAAAUUGUUUUAAGUGACGAGACCUUAAACAAUACGAACGAUAAAAAGUUAGCAGAAGAUAAUGAUACAGAAGAUAAAGUGACUUUUAUUCAGUUCUGGACUGGGAUACCAGACGAUUCUUCUAUGGAUAAUGAAGAGUCUUUAAUUUCUAAAGAGGUUCCAGAGGUAAAGAAAGAUUUCGGCCAAUCUGAUCCAGAAGAUCAAGAGAUGUAUAGUACACGUGCUCCAAAUUGAUAAUACACUUUGUAGUUGUGAACACGAUAUUUAAAUUAAAAUUUCUUAUUAAUGCAUGAAUUAAUACGCUAA